GUGUUGAUUACUUGGCCUUAGGUAUCCGAGAAGUUACAUUUAUAUAAAUUUUGAUCGAUUUAUUUUAAUGUGUGGAAAUUCCCGAUUCGUUUGAUGUAUGUAGUAUACCUAUGUACUGACUUGUUGUUUGUAACUAUAAUUCAAGACAGCCUCGAGUUCUUAAGAAAAAUGCGUUUCAGGUAGAAUAGGAUGUAGGGGUUACAUUUUCAAAUCCUAAAAAGGGCAGGAUACAUUCAAUUCACUUUCAAAUUAGUACAAUUUCACUUAAAACCUGCUAGAAUAACCUAUAAUGUUUACCUUUAUUUUUGAGUGGGCGCGGUUUCAGCCAAAGCUGCUCUACCAACCCAACCCAAUAUACAUUUACAUGCCGAAAUCCGGAUUCGAACCAGGGACCCUUAGCACCACAGUUCAGCUUUAACUGUACUGCGCCACACCGACCGGCUUAUUUGGAAGAGAGAAGAGCUUUAAGCAGGAAAGAUAAAAAUCAUACCUACUAAAAAUAUAAUUAAUUUAUAUAGUUCAAUGGUCAUUCUACAGCUGUUGGGUAACUUCAGGGAUCACACGAUUCACCGACUUGUAUAAGCAAGUAUAGGAAGAAAUCCUCCUCAACCGGUUAUAUGCAUACUAUGAGCGCACUCAUGAUGGAUUACGAAUUUAAAGUGAAAACACAAAACGAGCGAGUUAAAGUGGAAGAUUUGUUUGAAUAUGAGGGAUGUAAAGUUGGUAGAGGCACUUAUGGGCACGUUUAUAAGGGAAGACGGAAAGACGGCUCGGAUAACCGAGAUUAUGCUUUAAAACAGAUCGAAGGGACAGGUCUAUCCAUGUCAGCAUGUCGAGAAAUUGCGUUACUUCGCGAAUUGAAACAUUCAAAUGUAAUCAAUUUGAUACGUGUGUUUUUAUCACAUAAUGAUCGGAAGGUUUGGCUGUUGUUUGAUUUCGCCGAGCACGAUUUGUGGCAUAUUAUCAAAUUUCAUAGAGCAGCCAAGGCAAAUAAGAAGCCCGUGAUGGUACCCAAGGGGAUGGUUAAGUCGCUUUUGUAUCAAAUAUUGGAUGGAAUUCAUUACUUACAUUCAAAUUGGGUUUUACAUAGAGAUUUGAAACCUGCCAAUAUCUUGGUAAUGGGCGAAGGACCAGAAAGAGGGCGUGUUAAAAUUGCGGAUAUGGGCUUCGCAAGAUUAUUUAAUGCACCAUUAAAGCCGUUAGCUGAUUUAGAUCCUGUGGUUGUUACAUUUUGGUACAGAGCUCCCGAGUUGCUGUUGGGUGCUAGGCAUUAUACAAAGGCUAUUGAUAUUUGGGCAAUUGGAUGCAUCUUUGCAGAAUUACUGACUUCAGAGCCCAUUUUCCAUUGCAGGCAAGAGGACAUUAAAACUAGCAAUCCUUAUCAUCACGACCAAUUAGAUCGGAUUUUCAAUGUAAUGGGAUUUCCGCACGAGAAAGAUUGGGAGGAUAUCAGAAAAAUGCCGGAACAUCCGACAUUGUUGAAAGACUUUAAAAAAUCUAAUUACGCAAGCUGCUCACUAAUCAAAUAUAUGGAUCGACAUAAGAUAAAGCCAGAUAGCAAGGCAUUCCAUUUGUUGCAACGUUUAUUACUGAUGGAUCCUAAUAAACGAAUAACAUCUGAGCAGGCUAUGCAGGAUGCAUAUUUUACAGAGGAUCCUUUGCCCACUCAAGAUGUUUUUGCUGGCUGCCCUAUUCCAUAUCCAAAAAGGGAGUUUUUAACAGAUGAUGAUCAGGAAGAAAAAACGGAAAAUAAACGCCAAGCCCAACCACAACAGCAACAAGCUCAGCAACAGCAACAGCCCCAGCAACAACAGCAACAAGCUCAACCCAACAAUAAUGAUAAUCACGGAAAUCCAUCCAAAAGGCCCAGGUUGGUGGGGCCGCAUCCUGGACAAGUUAAUACACAAGUCGUUCCAAUUACUUCUCAACAAGAGUUUCACCAGCAACAGAUGAUGUACAGUAAUACCAAUCAGCAACAGCAGCAAAACUUUCAGCAAAGAUUUUAAUUUUUUGCACUGGAAACUGCUCUCAAUUGAAAUAAUACACUUUUUAAGAGUACCUGAAUCGUACUUGCUGUGUAUAUUAGGGGAAUUUUACUGUUAAUCUUGUAUUUGUGUAUAAAAAUCAGCAGGAUUUUGUAAUUUCGAAAAAUUGAACUUGUCAUCAUAACAGCAAAGUAUAUUAGUACUUUUGUAUUACAAUAAUUCCAUGUUUGCUAUGUUGAAACAAAGUAAUAUUUCCAA